AUGGAGUCUCCACAGUGUGAGCAGAGGGUCACGAAGGUCUCUCUAGCUGAGAUACUAAGGUGUUUUGAACAUCCUAUAAGCGAGGAGCAAGCCUGGGCUAUAUGCUUUCAGUGUUGCCAUAAAAUGGAGCAGCUGGCUCAGGGGCUGUGUCCACCGCUCUAUUCUGUAUUCAUAAAAGGUCCUGGAAGCAUCUUUAUCCAUGCUGAUGGUACUGCUUCCUUCAAGGCGUACCACAAGUCCGAUGUUGGCAGCAUUCAGCAGUCAGAGGACAAGCUGCUGGAGUACUUGGGAGUCGUGAUCUAUGAAGCCCUGGACUGGGGAAUCGACAGCCAAGUGGAGCGAGAACUGAGUGAUCCUUUGGAGAAGCUGCUGUGCCACAUGUUGAAACUGGAUGAUGAGGCAAUGAAACCAGCAGUCACCCUGCAGGAUGUUAUCAAGAGUCUGAGAAAAAUGGAUGUGGAAGAUUUGGUGGGAAAUCCCCUUCAGAAGAAGGAAAAACGCUCGGUGUGCAAAGUUUAUGUGGAGAUUGACAAUAUGUGGGAUGGCCCAAGUAGAGUAAUUGCAGUGAUCCAGGCAUCCCUGUGGCCCAGUGUCAUCCAUGAACUGCAGAAUGGCGUGAGGCUACGCAAGACCACUGAGCAACCACAGUGUCACGCGCCUCCAAAGAAACGUAUCUGCUCUCCCUAUGAAUUACUUUUGGAUGACAUUCAGCACAAGAGGUACACCCUUCGGAAGAUCUGUUUCAGCUGCCAUAAGCAGAUGUUUCUUAAGUGGCCUUACAGCUGUUACCUCUGCAGCAGUGUUGUCUGCUGUGACUGCUGCAUAAAGAUGUCCAUGCCCUUCAGAAUGUGUGUACAUCUUCCACUUCAGUUCUUAAAACUUUUGAGACUCUCCAGAGAGGAGGACCCAGCUACUCAAGAGCAGAAGAGCUCAGAGCUGCUGCAUGAAAUAGAGCACUGGGAGUGUUUUAGGUAUAAGGUUUCAGACAUGGUUUCAGAAGUGUUGAUAUUAGUGCAGAUGUAG